ACACUGUCAGAGUUUGAAAAGACAUGGCGACAAAGGCCUCUCCAUGCAGUGAUGUGCUUCCGAAGACGACAGCCGUUCCUCAAAGAUACACCAAGAGGAGAAUCAUAUUUUGAAUAACUGAMCUGGCCAAGUGGAUGAUUCAUUUUAAUUUAGCUAAAAGUGACAGUGAAGCGGUGGAAAUGACUGUCACCACAGUUCUCCGUUGGCUGUUCCUCAUGUCCGUUAUACUUCUGACCAUCGGUGGCAACGUGCUGGUGUGCUUGGCGGUGGGGCUCAGCCGACGUCUGUGGCGAACAGCGAACUGCUUUGUGGUGUCGCUGGCAGUUGCCGAUCUCCUGCUCGGCGUGUUGGUGCUGCCCUUGUCUGCCACGCUGGAGCUCCGCGACAGUAAAUGGCCUUUCGGAGGAACACUGUGUAAUAUUUAYAUCUCAAUGGAUGUCAUGCUGUGCACAUGCUCCAUCCUGACCCUGUUGGCAAUCAGCGUGAACAGGUACCUGGCCAUCUCGUCUCCCCUCAGCCACUCUCARAGAGUCACCCCGCGAAGGGUGUCACUUGCCAUCAUCUUCAUCUGGCUGCUGUCACUGGCCGUGGCUUUUUUCCCCGUCCACCUGGGCUGGAAUACAGCAGACUACAGGGUGCAAAACCUGGACUGGGAAUUWGGGGAUGAGGGCACUGAUAAAGGACGCUACUGCCAGUUCGAGUGGAACAACAACUACGUUCUUAUUUAUGCCUUUGGAACCUUUUACUUACCACUGCUGGUCAUGUGCGGAAUGUAUCUUUGCAUUUUCAGAGUGGCACGUGAACAGGUGAGGCGUAUCCGUGCCACCACUCCGUCAUUUGCACGCUCAGCGACUGCURCCAUAGCCCGUGAGCACAAGGCUACAGUCACCCUGGCAGCUGUACUCGGUGCAUUUAUCAUCUGUUGGUUUCCCUACUUCAGCUACUUCACCUGCAUGGGUGUAAAGGAAAAGACAAAUCCUCCCAACACCCUCCAUUCAGUAGUUCUCUGGCUAGGAUAUUUGAACUCUACCCUUAAUCCCAUCCUCUAUCCAGCAUUCAACAGGGAUUUCCGUCGAGCCUAUGGGGAGCUGCUUCGCUGUCGAGGAUCGUCACGCAGRACAYUGCAGCUUACUCGUGUGACUCUGUACAAAAGAUUGACMUUUUUCAAGUUAUUCAGGGUCUCUCAAAACUCUAAGAAAAGCACAGCCGCGGUUAUGGUUGAAAGAGAGAAGAGCCUACCCUGUGAAAAAAGGCAUUGUGCAGAUKAUUCAUGGUGAAAGUUCUUUGGAUGRCAGACUGUGUAAACAUUCAAAAGGCAUGGGAACACCGAUGGCUAAAGGUUGCAAACUGUUUGUUUUCUCUCCCUACGCCCCUGCAAGUCAUGCUGAAUAUGUGACCAACAGCCUGAUUUGAUAUGAAUAACCAGUUUAUGUUUCACCUCACCAGAGCAGAUUAACCUCAAGGACUUCCUGGACAUUUUAACAGAAUUUCUGUAAAUAAAGUUAUCCUUUAAGGAAUGCUUUCUUAGCACGUGAAGCUACUGUGGAAUGAAGAGCGUUGUUCACAUAAUCUUGUUUAUGUAAGUACAUAGCACAACUGCCUAAAAAAAAUAAAAAAAUUAGCUAGUUUGAAACAAGGUUGGGUUUGAUCAGGCAAAUGUGUUUAUGUUUUCAACCCCAAAACUGGAUUAUGGAUUAUUGUCUAAUGCUAAGAAAAAGAGUGGGUUAAAAAAAAAAUCAAUAUCUUGAAUUACAAGAGAAGAAAUAGGAAAAUUAGUGAACUGUAGGAAUGUACUCCUACAUUCAAAAUUACUAGGUUAGAAACAGCCCMAAAAAAAACAUAAUAGACUUCAGAUUGCAUAUGACUAUCAAUAAUCAUGCUAAAUUUAUAGUUGUUUAGCUUCAGUGCAUAAUCUUUCAAAAUUAAAGCAAUAUGGYUGUAGCAAGUAAUAUGGAUAUGCAGUAUGUACAAAUAUUGCUUUUUAGUCUGUUCAUAACAAAACAAAACAAACUUCUCUGGUGCAAAGUUAAAUAUGGACUGGGUCGUCAGUCUUGCGAUGAUUUAACACAACAGGGUUGGACCCGAARUAUCACAUGUAAUUGUAUAUAUAACAUUAAAUCAAACAAUGCAAACCCUGUUAAUAACUUGUCACUGUCAGUAUGAGUCCUUAUGCCUUUGUGAAUAAUAAAAGUCAAAAAGUGAGGUGGUAUUUAUCAUAGACUGAACUUCUUUAAAAGGAAAGAACAGGAACAUCAACCAAGAAAGAAUUGCUACCUACGCUAAGGUCAGAAUCC